GGCUCGGUUAGUCUGCUGAUUAGCAACAAACAGAAGGUUACGAGUUUGAAAAAUCGGACUGUUUGACCACCGGGCAGGGUUUGGGGUAACCGGUGACCUAUGAACUAUGUCGGGUUUCUAACCGGAGCUUGUUGGCUCUCUUUUGAGAGGACCCGGCGGUGAAGUAUAACAUUUCGGGCUGAUCGCGGAGACAACCUCGCUUUUAGGUCGUUGAAGUGGCGAUGCUGAGCUGAUAGCUGCGUCAUCAUGUUGCUUCCGACUCGAGUUGGCGAAAAGAAAUCUCAAGUUAACGCCGGAGGUGAGGUUGCCCACCGUCAUCCAGCCCCGGAGGCCACCCCCGGCCUCUGAAGUAGAUGGAAGACGGGCUGCUGGUGAGGGGUCGGCGGUGAAGCCUGUGUGCGAGGUCGCCGUGAAACUGGUGACUUUACAUCACUUGGCUCGGCGCUGUUGGCGCGUUACUCUCCUGGCUGAAUUUAUUAUCUAGACUUCGAUGGACGGUGCAACAUUUCUGUUGGUGUUGCGCAACGUUAGAAUCCCACAAAAAAAAAGCUGCACAGAAAUAUGACCGAACGCCUCCCAAACAGAAAGUGCAACUGUGGUAAAAAUUUUAGGGAUGUUAGUCACAAGUGUUUUGGAUAGAGAGAAGUGAAGUCCCCAGUGACAGCUAGGGUACAAAGGAGGACCCUCCGGUGAAAUGCGGCUGACCCCCCCAUGUGAUAGCUACUUUCUUGUUUAGCGCCAGUUGAGGGAAAAUGAGCGUUUGUAAACCGCAAUGAGAGACGUUACGGUUCAUUUUUCGCUAACUGACAUAACCGAGUGAACGGCUGCAGAGGCAGGCAGUUAGCAGGGUGUCGGGGGGGUGUUUGUAGGGGGCUCAUUGUUAGGUCCGGGGUCUGUUGUCUGCUGUCACCGCAUCCACGUGGACUUUGUCUCGGGACUGUGGGUAAAGUUUGGGCUCGCAGCUCCCCGCCGUGACGCUCAAGGGGGCGACCCGGCCGAGCAGAAGAGGGGAUUGUUUCUAACUACUUCACAGAGGAGUAGGCUGUGAGACUUCCCAGUCUGGAUAAAGUUGCAUUUUGACAUCAGAAUAUAAAACCGGUUAAAAUGGCCGGCGAUUGCACCCACACCAACACUCACUACGCGAACUCAGAGACUUUUUGUCCAUCCAAACCCUGGUCGGAUGGAGACGGGGACAGACCCGGGGAUUUGGAGGCGGUCGGGAACUCUAAAGGGCGUGGACCCUCCGCACCGUGGUCGCCCAACUUUGAGGUGAUAGACGGGCAGCUGUACCGCAAGAAGCUGGAGAAGGGCUUCAUCAACUACAGGGAGGUUUUAGAUGAGGACCGGAGACGUGAGGCCAUCUCCACCUUUCACCGGCGACGGCACGGCCAGCGCCACCUCUCCCUGGAGGAGACCUACAAAUGCGUGGCUGAAAACUACUGGUGGGAGGGGAUGUAUUUCCAGAUCAGAGACUUUGUCCUGGACUGUCCAGAGUGUCAGAGCCAGCGCACCAAAAAAGCAGAGGAGCUCGGUGGCAGAGGAUGUGUCACAAAGACGAUGGCGUCACACGGACCUGACGUGUUGAGCAAGCUGAGGACUCAGCGGGAAGCGGGGCUGUUCUGCGACAUCACCCUGCGGACAAACGGCCGAUCCUACUCGGCCCACAGGGCCGUUCUGGCGGCCGUCAGCGACCACUUCCAGGAAAUCUUCACAGAGAUGGACUCGAGCAUGAAGGCAGACAUAGACCUCACUGGUUUCAGUGAGGACAGCCUUCUGUCACUGCUAGAUUUCUCCUACUCUUCCACCCUGUGUGUUCGCCAGGAGAACCUACCUGAAGUCAUUGCCAUGGCCCGCCACCUGGGCAUGUGGUCUGCAGUGGAAGCCUGCACUGCUGUCAUGAAGGAGCAGGAACAGCAGCUCCAUCCUGGCAGGGGCUUUACUUCAGUCUGUGCUGGUUCAUACAGUGAGCUUCAUCAUCAGCAGAGGGAAAGAAAAAGGGGAGGAGUUAUGGGACUAGAGGACAGCAUGAACAACAGCUUCAGUCUAUUGCUGGAUGCAUCAGAUGAGUCUUUAGAAGGGAGUCCCAGGCGCAACUUGCGCAGAAUGGCGAAACCCCAAGGUCAUAACGGCCUCCCGCUGAGUCCCUCGCACAGGAUGAAGCUCAUGGACUUCAAAUCUCCCUCUUCCAAGAAAGCCUCUUUACCUCGACACACUGUAGCCAACCUUCAGUCACAGAAUUACUCACCCAUACCUCCACCAAACACCCGUCUUCUCCGCUCCACUCCAGGGGCUGCCAAGAAGGUUCAGCGACUGCUGCCCAUGCCAGAGAGCCCGCGACGAAACAGAAAACCUCACUCUAUCAGUCAGCUCUCGUGCACUUCUAGAUCGAGACCCAGCACAGCAUGCAGCCCCGUGAGGGUGAAGCAGGAGGUAGAGGAGGUCGGAGAAGAUGAAGAGGAUUAUGCCAGAGCGCAGGAGAAGUACAAGUUGAUGAAUGUUCUGGGGCUACAGAGGACUGCUCUCCUCCCCAGACCAGAAGAUCUGAUUGGCUGGAGACAAAAGAAACGACUGAGGAAGCUGAAGGCCAACAAUUAUUCACUGACUAAGCGGCGGAAACCCCGCUCCACCUCCCCAGGGAUACCAUAUGGAGAUGUGACACUGUCACUUCCCCUCUGUAACCCUGUUAACACUCGCCUCCUCAACAAGCCUGUAAAGGCCAAACCUGCGGACGCAGUCAGUGUGGAGCAGAUUACAGCAAAGAGGCCAAAGACCGUCCUGCGACAUGUCCCUCCAAGCGACAGGAGCAUGCGAAGUAAAGGUGUGUUACCAGACAUGUUCCAGUCUGCAUCCAGGCCUUCCUUCGGGGGUAGAGAGCUCAGACGGUCAGUGAGGAAGGGCGACAGUAACCGCCUACCUGCCCAGCAACCUCUGCGACGGAGCACCAAGAAACCUGUUGUGAGAAACACAGUCAGGAUCAAAUCAGAACCAGCCGAAUACUCUAUCUCAGGUCUCUCUCUAUCAUCAGACAGUGGUCAUGGCUACACAACUCACACAUCCCCACCUCCACAGAGGACACAGGCCAGAAAUAAGGCCACUGUAGAGACGGUCAAAACUCUGCGUUACAACAGCAGCCGACCAGCAACAAAGGCCAAGCUUAAGCGGAGCUCCAUGAGAGAGGUCGAGAAGACCAAAUGUAAGCCCAGGGAGGAGGGGAGGAAAGUGGGCAGCCAGGGGCUGAGGGGGGUCAUAGACAAUAGACUGGGCAUGAAGGAUAAUGAACCUGGUGGGCUCCAGUUUGCAGAGCACGGACCUCCACCGUCCAUCUACAACCACCCUCUGUAUAAAGUCAUUAAAGAGGAGCCAGCAGAACCGGUGCCAGUUGGAGCUUUCCCUGAUCCUCCCUCACCAGACCUGGGCAAACGCCAGAGCAAGCCCCCUAUCAAACUACUGGAUUCAGGCUUUUUGUUCAGCUUCUGUCGGCCAACAGGGGGGCCCAUGGCAGGACUGAAGAAAGAGGAAGAGAGCGUGGAUAUCUGCUUAACACGCUCCGUGUCACAAGUUGGGGAGAAAUUUGGAGCUGAAGAGCCCCCCCACAGGGCGCUGAGGGCCAGAGGGCCAUCCGCCCUGCCUGUAGUGAAGAAGGAGAGGGAGGAGAGAAGAGUGAGCCAAACCAGGGUCCAGAGACCCAGGGGAAACUGCCGAAACAACACUCUUCAUCUGGCCACAUCUGCUGGGUCCAAGGCCAAACGGACCAUGCCAAAGCAACAAGGUAAACUCCUCACUCUGAGCAGCAGGAACUGUGUCGUGCUGGACGCCGUACGACGGGCACGGCUAAAACAGCUUAGAGGGCCUCGUAGUCAAGCCCCUAAAGUCCCAAAGGCGGCCCACACCUGUCUGCAGUGCCCAGCCUCCUACAGGGACUGUGAUGCUCUCAUCAUGCAUCGCCUCAGGCACAUCGAGGGCAAGCACUGGCCCUGUCCGCUCUGCAGUAAGACGUUCUUUCGACUAAGGAAUGUACGGAACCACAUCCGCACCCAUGAUCCCAAGUUGUACAAAUGCCGGAGCUGCAUUGUUGCCGGUUCCUGAGGCAGCUGCAGGGUCUGCUCAGGCAGCGACACUGGGCAAUGUUUCUUGUCCAGGAUGAAGGCUGUCAGUGUCUGACACCAGCAAACAGGGCUGAAACCAGAGGCACAUGAUCGAUCAGCAGCGUGUACAUAAUGCAUCCGUCACACACACACACACAAGCACAACGGUCUGUGGAAGGGCAUAAUUACUCUGAUUCUAAUCAUUGCCGAUGUCAGUGAUUGCUAAUGUUAUUUAAAUAACCAAACCAAGGUUGCUGUUCCUGUUUGCGUUUCCAUAGCUACAGAAGGUUAAACUUGAACAUUACACUCAGGGGGCGGGGAAUGUGAUGCCACGGUAUAAAGUGAUAUAACAUCACGGUUGUGUAUAAAAUGAAAUGUAAAGUGAUUGUUAUAACUAUUACUGCUACUUAUUGUUAUCAUUAUUUUUCUAUGUAUAGAUGAAUUUUGAGUGCACUUAUAUCAUAGCUUAUGUUGUGAACCUAAGAAGUGGUAAGAAAAUUGAAGGUUUGGAGUCCACAGCAGGAGUACUUGAAGUGUUGCUAACGUCAGCGGGAAUACUUGAAGUUAGAGGGAUCAUAGGAGUGAGACUGUCCUUUGGGUGUUUCAGUGGGUCUGUGUCCCUUGGUGUGCUAACUUUUAAUCAUUUGACUAGUCUCUCCCUCCUGUAUUGAACCUGCUAGUCUCACGUAGUCCAUGAGUCGGGGAUUUGACUCAGGUCUGGUAUGGUGACAUCAAUGCAUGUGUAUUUGCAGGCCAUUUUGUUGUCCACUGUCUUUUCUAAGGCUGCCAAUUUUAAAAAGGGAAACGUGUCUUGUUUUUAAUGUGAAUUUCUGAAUAGUAAUCGAUACAGCUGUGUUUACUGAUGUUUUAUUGAUCUUUUCUUCCACUUCAAUCCAAGACACUCUUGUUCUACUUCAAAUCCCCCUCCUACUGAGUAAAAUGCAAAGUGUGCACAUAAAGAAAUGUUUCUUUCACAAAUUGAUUUUAGAAAUAAACGAGCUGUCUCUCGCUAUCUGUUAAAAGACUGAAUAAAUUUUUUCCUUUUAUA